AUGGCCCUGCGAGGGCUAGCUCAGGCCUUUCUCCUGGUCCUUGCCCCUCUGCUGCUUGCAUGGGGACAGAAGCACCCUGGUCCAAAGAACCAGGGGGGAGCCAAGGAAGCAGAAACAUGCCAAAGGCCUGUUUGGUGGGACCCAAGACUCCAGAUGGCACCAGACCAUGGGAAGUACAAAAAGAAUGAAGAAGUGACUCUGAGCUGCAACAACGGUUUCCAGCCAUCCUUCACCCAUGUCAAAUGUGCAGGGGGAGUUCAGCCAUUGAAUUAUUCUGGAUCUCUAGACAGACAUGUGUGGCUGGGGAGGAAAAGCAGUGAUGCUUGGAUCCACAUUGAGGAGAACAUAGUGUGCACGGAUGUCCUCCAGGUUGUCCCUGGGACCUUGGACAUUUCCAGCACCAGCAUCAAGCUGAACUGGACCUGCAGGCUCCCUGACGCCUGCCAGAACAUUUGGGCCAGGUGCCGGCUGGAAGGGCAUUCGUCCCCUCCCUGUGAAGCUGAAGAGGUGAAAGGAGAGGAGAUGCUACAUGGCCAGGAGGGAACAUUCACCUGUCCCCCUCUGCAGCCCUUCACUGUCUACAGUGUCACCAUCUCACUGCCGCCCAACACGAUCUUGUACACGCGGCUCCUCAGGACGAAGGAAACGGUGCCGGACAAACCGGAGAAGCUGUGGUUGGAUUCCAGCACAGGGUCCCUCAGGUGGAAGGCGCUGCCCUCCUGCAAAGGGGAAAUCAUCGGAUACCAGCUGAACAUCACGGCCAGGAGAGCGCAGGAUGGCAGCUUCCUUGAGUUCAAGCAGGUGUCGCUGAACCAGUCUGUCACUCAGUACACGCCACCUCAUCAGGCGCCUGGAAGCAAAUACACGGUGACAGUGCAGGGCCUCACGGCGGCUGGUGCUGGAGCUGCGUCGCUGCUGGAAUUUCAAAGCUACGUCUCGGGUAAUGAUUGUCGUGCCCUGUGUCUGGCUGAGGUGGCCUCCCUGGGAGCGACCAGCGCCAAGCUGCUGGGCCCGUGGCCUGGGUCGGCGGUCACGGUGGUGGUUGCGCUGUCGCUGCUGGUCCCCUUAUCUGCGGGGAUCCUGUGGUUUGUGCUGUCCAGGAAAAGGAAGGCCUUGGCCAGCAAAGCCGAGGAGGAUCAUUACACAGAGCUCCAGCCCUAUGAGAACUCGGAUAAGUACUGCGUGAUCAAGAAGACUCAUCUGGCAGAGGAAGAUGCAGAUUGUAAAUUUGACUGCUUCGUGGUCGCUGUGGCCAAGGCAGCCACCAAUGGCCACUUCACCCACAAGACCCUCUCUGUUAGGAAGCCGCAGGUCGAGGAAGGCACCUUUCCUGGUUGGUGCUCUUAG